AUGUCCCGCAUCCGCCAGCCUAAGACUGAUGGGCGCACAUAUAUGUAUUUCAAGCUUGAGAACGGUCUACGGGUGGUCGUGGGAAGCGACCCUGACAAGUCCAGCCCAGCAGCUGUUGCCUUAGCUGUGCUGGCAGGAAGCAUCCACGAGCCGAAGCAGAUCCCAGGACUGGCACAUUUCUGUGAGCACAUGCUCCUGCAUGGAACGGUACAACCCUUUGGCGACACGAAUUUUGCGGAGUAUGUCAAGCAGGGAGGGCGUCACAAUGCAGUUACCACUGUACUUCAGACCUGCUAUGCAUUUGAAGUCCAGUCUGAAAAGUUGGAAGGAGCCCUCAGCCGCUUCUCGCGCUUCUUCAACUGCCCUAUCUUUUCCCGUGCGCAUCACCAUCAAGAGCUGCAAGCCAUUGAUGCUGAGCACAGCAUGAAUGUGCCGAACGAUUUCCGACGGCAGUGGGCCAUACUUCUUUUGGACGCCAACCCUCAGCAUCCCUAUCAUUGGACUUCAGGUUGCAGCAAGUCCCUCUCGAGUUGCGACCUGCACGAGGCCCUGGCGAGAUUUCACGGCGCCUGCUACACGGCUGAUCGCAUGUCCCUGGCGGUGCUUGGCCCCCAGCCCACCAUGGAGCUGGCCGCCUGGGUGCGGAAGUUCUUCGCCUCCGUGAAAGCUUCCAGCCGGCCCGUGAAGCCCUCAACGCUUUUGGGCGACGAGCUUGCACAGGGAGGGCCGCCCUUUUUGAAAGAGGACUUCUGUGGCCAGCUGUUCAUCGUGCCAGUGAAGGACUUGCACCAGUGCAAGUUGUCCUGGUUGCUUCCGUGGCAAGUUGCUCAGUGGAAGUCGAAACCCACCGCAUAUGCAUCAUAUUUGAUUGGCCAGGAAGGCCCUGGCAGUUUGCUAGCAGCUCUCGUCUCGGCAGGUUUGUCGCAUAAUAUUUCGGUUUCUUGCUUUGACUACCAUGGUUGUGCAUCCACCUUCGAGCUCGUCAUUGACAUGGUGGACAUGAGCCAUGACGCAAUCAUGCGUGCUGGCGAGCUUGCAUUUGCGUACAUUUCUAUGCUUUGCUCUUUGGAUGUCAGCAAAGAGAUACUUGAUGAGCACAGCCAGUUGCAGGAAUUGAGCUUCCACUACCAGUAUGAUUCUGCUCCUUACGACUUUGUUCAAGACAUUGCUUGUAACCUGCAUUACUAUCCAUCUGAAGAGGUGCUGGCAGCAGAUCAUUUGAUCUAUGAGCAAGACAUGUUUGCUUCCAAAACUAUUCUCCAGCUUUUGAAGGUGCACAGUGCUCGCUUAUGCUUGGUGUCAAAGUCGUUUGAGGAUAUGUGCAUUUCUACAGAACCAUGGUAUGGCGGGCGAUUUCUGAAAUCUGAUUCGAUUGAAAGCAGCUGGAAAGCUCGAUGGAUUAAUGUGGAAGCGGGCGAGUGGAAGAGCCUCGCUGAGAAAUAUGGCUUGCAGCUGCAAAUGCGAAAUAGCUUUAUUCCGUCAGACUUUUCAAUGCGACGCGUAGCAACACAUCCGACUCCGAUCGAAUUGGCCUAUGCUGAGGAUUGGUGUCGAGCCUGGUUGAAGCAAAGUAAUGGGAUGAAUCAACCCAAAGCAGCAGCCUCUUUCUGUUUUUACUCAGGCCAGAUGCUGGCUGCAAAGCAGAUUGCGCUUGCGCACAUGCUUUGCAAGGCAGUCCAGCAGAAGCUGAGGGCGGAAGCAUGUCAUGCGAGAAAGGCGGGCGCAAUGUACAAGCUGGAGGUUGUCCAUGGGGGUAUUCUCUUGCAACUUCUUGGCUUUAGAGACACGCUGGGGAAGCUUGCCAGUUUGGUUGCCAGAAGCCUAUUCGCUGAGUUGGAAACAUCGAGCUGGAAAAGCUUGAAAGAGCAGCAGGAGCGGUGGCUGAAGAAUGCGAGCAAAGGGCCUGCCUACAACCAGGCGCUAAAUGCUUUGGAGGAGCUGCUGUUGCAACGCCCCGGGAACGAGGAGCUGCUGCAGGCCACGUCCGGUUUGGAAGAGCGGGACCUGAAGCAGCUGCCGCUGAAGUUGGGUGGAAGCUGCCUCCUGGAAGGCUUGAUGACAGGGAACUUGCACGGCUCGGAGGCGCUGCAGCUGCUGAACGGGCUGCUCGACCCGCUGCGCCAGCUGCGCGAAGCACCCGGGCCCGGGCCCGGACGGGUGCCUGCGCGGGCAGAGCUGCUUCUGCCGAGAGGUGCCCCCCUGACCGUCCUGCUGAUGGAUAGCCAAAAUGCGGAGGACGCGAACAGCUGCGCGGUGGAGAGCCUGUGCAAUGUGGCCACCUCGACGCCGGAGAAUGAGGCCAUGGCCGCAGUUCUCAUGGCCAUUUGGAAGUCCAUGUUCUUCAACGAGCUAAGAACUCGGCAGCAGCUAGGCUAUGUGGUAUCCAGCUUCAUGCGAGCCCGAGUCACCCACAUUUCACUGGUUUUCUUGGUGCAGACGGAACGAGCACCAGAAGUGGCCCUCAGAAGCAUUGACAAGUUUUUGGAUCACGCCUUCGAGCACGUGCUAUCAGAGUUAACCGAGAGGGAGUUCCGUGGGCACUGCGAAAGUUUAGCUCUGCAGCUGGAGGAAGCGCCUCGUAACCUCUGGGAGGCUCUGAGCCAAGACUGGGUUCCCAUCGAGGAGCGGACCUUUGAGUUCACCGGGCGCAAGCGCCAGGCGGAAUAUCUACGGAGCUGCACCCUGCCCCGCAUUCGAGCGUUUGUGAGGGACGAGGUGCAGAGCUCACCGCGGCUGGCAGUUUUGCUGCGCAGCUGUAAGGUUGCUUGGCAUCGGGUGCAGUGGAGCGGCCAUGCCCGCUUUGUAACAAAGUGGGAAGCGGCUUCGUACAAGGCAGAACUGGUGCCGAGCUCUGGAAACACUUGGUUUGGCAAGGCUCCUGUACCAGCUGGCAACGGCACAUUGCCUAAAGCAGAGACUGGUGCAAGCAGCUCUCCAAAUGAUUUUGAUAUCGAAGAGGACGAGGAGUGCAGAGUGCAAUGA